CAAAAUCAGUCACAACUCAAAAGAAUGACCUGAAACAGGCAAUUGCACAUGCUAUCACAAUGCUGAGAAGAACCAGAAGACUAGAACCGGACCAGAAUUUAUACUGAAACAGAGAGUCACAGUCCCAAGGCAGCCUGGAUAUAGUGAACAAAUCUUUCACAACGUCCUCUAGAAGCCGAACUGACACAGCUGCCACCAACUUUAAACGAGGGUGUCCAGAAUCCAGGGACAACGAUACAAAGGCUUCCUCAGAAGAAUCCUUGAAUGCUACGCCUUCUGCUGCUGCUGUGAGUGGAUCUUCGUGUCAGAAGGGGACAAGGAAGACUACUUGUAGUAGUUUAACAGAGCAAUUGACUGUUAAAUAAUCCUUUGCAAGGGGGACUUCUGAUGGAUCCAAGAACUUUGGGCAGAGAACCUGGCUCUAAACCAAUGGAAUUAGAGGAAAUUACAACCAAAAUUUCUGAACUAGACAAGUGGAGAACAAUAUUCAGCUCCAAGGGGUUGGAAAUCAGCAACCCAAUAUAUCAGACGAACCAGGAUACCCAUAAAACAGAUGAAGAGAGUGAGGAGAGAGCAGAGACUUCCAAGACCAAGAAGCACAGAAUUUCUCCAGGAAGCUUAUUUUAUUCUAUCCCGAGAGAGCUGAUAAUAACAUCAGACCACGGUGGCCAGCCUAUCUCAAUAGAAAUGGCAACGGACAUAAGAAAACUUCUGUUUGGAAAUGCAUUUCAAACAUUCAACUAUGAAUGGAAAAAAUCCUUUUUCAAGUUCAGAGAUGCCUUUUCAGACCUGGCUUAUGCAUUGGAAGCAGAAAAGGGUGGAGCAAGAUCCAUUCAGCUGGUGGUGCAGGCACACAUCAUUAAGUACCUGUUGUUUCAGAAGAAGGAAUGUGACCACGGCUCUUUAAGCAGUUUAGCAGAAUUAAGCCAAAAACAACAAGAAAGAGCCCUGGCAGCAUCUCUUGCCUAUAUUCUUUGGACAGCAGGAGAAAUGAAGAGAGCUACAAUUUGCCUCAUCACCAGUGAUUCAUAUUUCACAGAGAGCCCUGACUACAAAACCGAUAAUUUUACAGAAAAGCUCCUGUUGUUUGAAUUUGUGGAAAAAGACAACCUGGAGAAGUUCCUUUGUGCCCACAUACACUGUUUCAAAGAUGAGGGGAGUCAUGGAGUGAUACUAUUUCUGUACAGUUUGCUCUUCUCCAGAACAAUUAUAAGGAUUCGUCAAGACUUGGACUAUACAACAACCCAACUCUUGCAUUUUUGUCUGGGGAAUUACGCAGUCAGACAGGCAGUCUUGAACCUGAUGCUAACUGGUAGAGCAAGUCCACAGGUAUUUAACGGGGACCAAUUACUGGAUGACCAGAAAUCGGAGCAGAAGCAUCAUGGAGUACUGACACGCAGUGAUGUGGGCUACUUACAUUGGAGCAGGGAGGAAAUGGAACAGGACAAACUUCCCCAGGUGGGAAGCAUGCUAAAAACUCCAAAGUUUCCUAUCUGGCUGUGCUAUAUUAAUGGCACCUACAGUGUUCUUUUUGGAACAAACACAUCUCUCUUAUGUGAUUGGAAAAUGGAACACAUAUUUGAUCUAUAUUUCUACAGUGGGCAGUUUACCCAAAUCAAAACAGCGCAUCUGACAAUUGAUACUCACUCCCAUCACUGGGAAGGACACUACAAAAUAGAUGAAGGUGAUCGUGAAAAGAGAUUUCCCUCAUUGGAGAUGACUAUCAGAACUAAAUGGGAAGGAGCAGCGAUUAGAUGGAAUGGGACUGUACCAUUUUUUUAGAGAUAACAUCGAUUUAAAGAGAACCAAAAUAUAUCACUUACCUCUGUGAUAUACUUAACACGAAUAAGCUGCUGAAUCAUUUUGUUAUUGGUAUUUGUAUCCUAAUAAGAAAAAACCUGUCCGCUAGUGGUGGCGUGCUUGUUUCUUACACUGUUGACUUUGUUUAGGCCUGUGGCUUUCCAGUUGUGGUGGAGUUCUAAGUUCUUAUGCCCCUCCAGCCAUAAGUUGGGUAUUGACAAAACCACUGGGAAGCAAUACUUAGGGUUACUAGAAAAUAAUGUGACUGUACUAAACAGUGGCGCCGAGAGGGGGGGAGUGGGUACUCUUUACCUGGUCCUGGGCCCAUUGGCGGGGUCCCAGGUCCCGCUGCCCUCCCCUUCACCGUUGCUGACAGCCGCACGUCAGGUGGGGAGAGAGGACUGGCCACCGCUACAGCAGCCUCUCUCCCAGCAGCCCUGGGGAGAGAGGCAGCUCAGUGGAGGCCAGUCCUGUCUCCCAUGAUGAAAGGAAGGGGAGCAAUCGCACCCUACCUCCCGGCGCCCCCCCUUGUGAGGCGUGUGCCCGCUUCGCGGUCGCACAUAAGUUAUGUAUUUUACUAUUUUCAAUAGACUGAUAUGGCCAUGCCCCCCUCAUUGCCCCUGCCCCCCUCAUUACCGGGGCCCAGAAAAGCUGUUGGCACCCCUGGUACUGAAAGGCUGUCUAGGCACCCACAUAAUGUAAGCCGCAAAACAUGGAGAGCCACCUAUUCUGUGCCUGAAUGCUGGAGAGCCUUCACUUGCCCACCAUAACCUUUGUGAGUCACAUGAUUUACACAAAUUGGCUGCAACCUCCAACCUUAAUAAAAAUAUAUACAUUGUGGAACUAACUCAGAGUUCGACAGAAGCUGCCAAGUUAUAUGGGCCCAGAGUAAAAAAUCUGCAUUUUGCUUGCUAUGCAGCGUUGGCUGCAUAUGUGAGAUUUGACCAACUCUACAUACAGUGCAUAUGGAAAAUAUUCACAGCACUUCACUUUUUCCACAUUUUGUUACGUUACAGCCUUAUUCUAAAAUGGAAUACAUUCAUUUUUUCCCCUCAAAAUUCUACACACAAUACCCCAUAAAGACAACGUGGCGAGCGAAGCGAGACAUGUGAGGGGACACGGUGCACUAAUUGGGGAUCCCGGUCACUGUACGGAGAAAACCACCCAAAAAAGUACAAAAACUCAUGUCGACAUUCUGUCAUGUCGACCUAGUACAUGUCGACCUAAAGUCCCUGUUGACCUAGAAACCAUGUCGACCUACUUACUGUUGACCAAUAGUGGUCCACCUAGACACUGUCGACCUAAGUGUGGUCAACUUUGCAUACCACACCCCAGGCCCAGCGACUAAGGGGUACAAAGGGGCACAGGCACCCAAUGGGGGAACCCUCCGACAGGUGACAUAAAAAUGCUGGCUCCUCCUUAGUGACAGGGAGCCAGAUGCUGCGCUGUGACCUUAUCUGCAGCAGCCAGCUCCUGUCACUGGAGAGUGGCUGGGAGUGCAGGCAGACGAGUCUCCUAGACAGGCCAGCAUCUCCGGGAAUGUUGGGCAUGCCCCCCGAGUGAUUAAAACGGUGUUGAGCAGGGAGGCCAUGCACCUCUUUCAGUCGCACACACCUUCGAGGCGCAUGGUGGGGCUGUUCAAUGCACCGUGUGUCACUAAUAACUAAGCCUUUGAGAGUGAUAAAGGGGAGAGAGAUAACCUACCAACUAAUCAGCUCCUAACUGUCACUUUUCAAACACAGGUCAGGAUGCACUAAGCAAUGCAUCCGAAAUACAUCCCUCUACUUACUGCUUACAUAAUACUCACAUAUGUACUUACAUGUGUGAUUAGUAUCGCUCUCCCGAUAAAAGCUGUCCUUUGCAUCACAGCAACAUGGUGGCCACAGUUGGUUCUAGUAGGGACUAGCAGAUGAUGUUGCCCAUUGGGUCCAAGCUCUGGAAUGCAACACAUUCUGGAUCUUGGUACAUAUGGGAAUGUGGUAAAAACUCCAAAACUUAAUUUAUUACCACAGUUUUUGCUUUAGUACAUCCUGCCCACAGCCUGUAACAUGGCAGUUAGGAGCUGAUUGGCUGCUACUUUCUCUCUCUCCGCUUUAUCACUCUCCAAGGCUUCGUACAUCUCCCCUUAGUUUCCACCAACCACCUUUAUUUAGAGUGCAAUUUAAAUUAGGAGCUACGCUGUCCAGCGACACAAUAAUAACUGAAAACAGAAACAGAAAAGUGAUCCCUCCCCCUGUUACCCCCUGUGUAUGUAAAUGUCACCCAGUGCGCUGUACAUGUGCAAGACUAAUCAAUGAAGCCGCAUUGGCAACAUCAUUACAUCAUUACAUGUGGUGCCUAGCGGCACAUUUCUGUUCCUGCAUCCCUGGAUCCCGGCACGACCACCUAGGAGCAUGCGGAAGCAAGAAAACAACAUCACUGCUCUGCAGACACCAUCCAUCCAUCCAUCAGUAGAUGAUCUGCUAACAAGAGAUGGCCAUAAUCCCUGUAUAUAUGAUUUUUAUUCUUUUUUCCUUGAAGAUAUUUAACUUCAGAUUAUUUCUAUAUUACAGUUUGUAUGCAGAGAAGCCAGCCACCGUUUAGUAAUUCAUUUUGCAUUUUUCUUAUAUAUGCAAUAAGACCUUGGCCUCAAGUAUGUAGGAUGCUGUAACUAUGAUUAUAUAUAUUUUAAAAGCAACACAUUACUCAUAUUUGAUCUAAAUAUAACUGUACUUGUUUACCCAACAUACACUGUAUAGAAAAUAAACAACACUUUAUUUUACUUUAAA